AUGUGGUGCGCGUUGUUGAAUUGGUUUGGUUUGGAUGAGGGAUUGUCUUGCUACGGUAUUCAUGAGCUGUUAGUGUUUGCAUGGACGUUACAGCUGAGCUCACAAAUCAAAAAGUUCUGGAAGUUGGGAGUUAUUUCUUUAAUCUGGGCUCUUUGGACAGCAAGAAAUAAGUGUCAUUUUGAUGACAAAACUUUUAUUCAUCAAGAGAUCCUGGUUUUCCUUAAAGCUACUUUUAUUGAAGUAGACAAUUCGUUUCCAAAAAUGGGGCACAUGGACAAUAAAUGGAAGGAUUAUCUAGUUAUUUGGCAGAUGGGUGUUCGGCCGAGAGUUCGCCCCCCGCCGGAGAUGACCUCGGUCUAUUGGUCGCCUCCUGCUUACUUAUGGUUGAAAGCGAACAGUGAUGGAUCGGCGAUGGAAGCUCCGGGUCGUAUUUAUGCUGGUGGGGUUUUUCGAGAUUGGCGGGGCUUCGUCAGAGGGUGUUUUCAUGUUGAGGGAGGGCUGGGCUUCGCCUUUGAAGCCGAGCUUCUUAGGGUUAUCUCGGCGAUUCAGUUAGCCCAUCGUUGGGGUUGGAACAAGCUUUGGUUUGAAGCCGAUUCUUCGUAUGUGGUUCAUAUCCUUUCUACUAAAUCCACUCGUGUUCCCUGGAGAUUCAAGGCGAUUUGGAAUCAAGCUCUUUUGCUUUUAGAGAGAAUAGACUAUAGGAUUUCUCACAUUUUCAGAGAAGGGAAUGUCCCGGCGGAUAUUAUGGCUAGUCCUCAUACCCCGGAGGGAUGGUGGCCUUUUGGGGUGGAUUUGAUCUGUGACGCUGUGGUGCGUGACUUGUCUGUGCAUAGCCAUGUUAGAUGCAAAUUUUAA